AUGGAAUGCUACUGUACGCCAUCAGCAGCUAAUUGUGGUGAGGAUGGACGGAAAAAGUGUGAUCGAAAUGUUUCACACUGCUUACUUUCCCUCAGAUGGCAUAAUGAGUCAAACAGGCACACUGAACAUAUUCAGGAUUGUUGGCCUUGGUCACCUGAUGAUUCUGACUGUCCUAGAGAAUCUGGGCUAUGUUAUCUUCUGUCUGAAUCAAAGGAGAAGUUUACCAAUUGUUGUUGCAAAGGCCCUCUCUGUAAUGGGGUUGAUAAAAACACCAUAAUUCAUCCUCCGUCAACUCAGUUCAACAGAUCUGGAAAAACGACUGGUUUAGAUCCUAUUUUUACGCAAAAUUCAAGACCACUUGCAAAUACUCCGUUACCAAGUCAGGACUUUUACACACAGCACAAAGAUAGCUUUCUUGCUUUGAUAAUCACAGCUCCCAUAAUUGCUGGCUUACUCCUGAUCUUCAUAUUCGCUGUAAUUGUACUCUUUUUACCUCGUUAUCGCGUCUGUCGUUUGAAGCAGAGCUUGAAGUUCCCAAGGAAACAUAAAAUCUGCACACAUUGUAGAAAGUCAUCUAGCUUGUUGUUCAAUCCUUUCCACAGUCUUACAGUAUGUACAUGUGGUCAUCCUGCCAAAGAUGUCAUUUCGGAUGGAUCGGUUGCACAAAAGGAGUAUUUUGGUUUAAACAAUAUGUCUAAACACCCGAUAACUGGUCUUCAGUGGUUACCUAAUAAGUCUGUUGAGUUAUGUUCUAUGGUAAAGAAAGUUGAAUUAAAAGCACAUGGACGUUUUGGUCAAGUAUGGCUUGGUCAAUUCUCAUCACCUAUUAAUAAUCAAAAUAAUUUGAAUUCUAAUUCAUCACAAUUAUCAUUAGAUAAACACAACAAAGAAAUAGAUGUAGCUAUUAAAAUAUUCACUUCGACUGAGAAGCGUAGCUGGGAAACAGAAGUUGGACUUUUUAAUGUUCCAGGCUUAGAACAUACUAAUAUUUUAAAAUAUUAUGGUGCAGAUCAGGUUGUUGUAAAUAAUUCCAUCGGUGAAAAUAAAUUAGAGUAUUGGCUAAUUACAGAAUAUCAUCCACUAGGAAGUGUAUACGAUUAUCUUCAUGUAUACAGUGUGCAGUGGAUAGAUUUAUUAAAAAUUUGUAUUGGAAUCGCUCAAGGAUUAGCACAUUUACACAUGGAAAUUCCAAGUCUAUCAAAGCCAAGUAUAGCUCAUCGUGAUUUGAAUUCACGUAAUGUACUUCUAAAGGCUAAUCUUACAGCAUGUAUUGCUGAUUUUGGUUUAGCGAUUCGUUUUGAAGCUGGCCAGUGUAUGAGAGAUGCACAUUUGCAGUUAGGUACUCGUCGAUAUAUGGCACCUGAAGUUCUUGACGGUGCUAUUCAAUUUUCAAAAGAUGCAUUUCUACGCAUUGAUGUUUAUGCAAUGGGUUUAGUAUUUUGGGAGUUGAUGAUGCGAUGUUGUUGUGGUUCCAAUAGAAGUUCAUUAAUUCAUGUCAGUGAUUAUUUAGCACCAUUUGAAAUAGAACUUGGUCCUCAACCAUCAAUGGAAGGAUUACAACGUUGGAUAGCACAUGCGAAACAACGACCAAAAUUUAAUCCACAAUGGGCGUCAGAUGUGGGUUUAUGCACAUUAUGGGAGACUGUUGAAGAAUGUUGGGAUCAAGAUGCAGAAGCACGUCUUUCAGCUGGUUGUGUAACUAAACGUCUUACUGGAUUACUUCGUCAGUCUAUACUAACUCAACAGCUUAGUGAUAAAACUGUCAACAGUAAUCAUCAUCAUCAUGAUCGUCAUUACCACCAUAAUGGUGAUAUUCCUAGCAGUGGUAUGGAUGAUAUCAAGAAUGGCUUAGUUUCCACACCCAGUGAUGCUAACCAACAGACAGACUUGUCUUCAUGUUCAACAUUUAUACAUACUUCUAAAAAUGUAAGGAAUGCAUAUGAUACACAAUUGUUGAAUUGCUCUUCAAUAAAUAGUAAUCCCAAUUGUCCUGGUGUUUCAACUACACCUGCUACUAUGAGCACUACUGCAUGUCCGCCAACAAUUUGUUUGCCCAAUUCACUCAAUACUGGCAAUAAACCUGCAGGUUUGACUGGAGUAUAUACGAAAACAAAUUCAAGAGUCUAUUUAAACGAUUCAACAGGCAAGACAGAUGUAUGGAUGAAACACAGGAAUGAUGAAGUAAACUUUACAGCCAUUGAAAAUCAAUGCUGUCAUCCACAAAGCAGAGAAUUACAACAACGACAAGAUAUUCGGCAGGAGGAACCGACGGAAUAUCAAAAGUUAUUAUUAUCUCCUACUACUUCUAAUUCGCACUGA